UCGCGCCGGCCUAUAUUUACCCGAGAUCUUGCUCCGGGACCGCAAGGAUGUGAGGCUGGCGAGCCGGCUACCGCUUGCAGCACCGGAGGGGCGCGCCGCAAGGGCGGGCAGCAGACCUUGGGGACCUCGGGAGCGGAGUCGGACCCCCCCCCCCGGAGGGAAGAAAUGAGGUAGCGACCGUCCCCGGAGCCGACCAUGCGCGCGCCCCGCCCUCGGCGCCCCACGCUGCCCUGGCGGAGCCAGCCGGGACAGUGAGCCCGCCGAGUCCGAGUCCCUGCGUCGGGCCGGAGCGAAGAUGCAGUGAGCCACCGCCGGAGUGCUGCGCCGGGCCCGCCGCGGCCAACCGGGGCAGCAUCUGACCGCACUCGGGGCAAGCCGCACAUUCUGGGAUCAACCCCGCCGAGGGGCUCUCGGUUUCCAGCACCCCCUAGGGGAGGGAACCCGGACCCCUGGGCACACUCGCUAUCGAGUUUCCGCUCUUUCUAGUUCCAGCCUUGGGGAGUGUGUGUGUGUGUGUGUGUGUGUGUGAGAGAGAGAGAGAGAGAGAGAGAGAGAGAGAGCGCGAGCGAGCGCGGGGGCCCUUUCCAGGUUCACCGAAGAGUUCCUGCAUAUUCUCGCCCCGUCCCGGCUGCUUUGGCUGGGGCUCCCUCUGCGCGCGCGCAUCUCUUAUUAACGUUCCACUCUGAUUUCGUCUUUCUCUCAAUUUGCUUGCCUAAGACUCUUUGCCCUCGUCCUUGCCCUGGCUGGGGUAAAUCUGUGCACGCUCCUCCCCGGCCCCCCGCCCCCAACUCGCAGCUGAUUAUUUUCUUCUCUUUUAAAAUUUUAACCCGUACCCACUUCGGCGGGGUCCCUGAGGACGAUACUCCCUAAGCCCCUCUCUACCAGUGGGCCACUCCCAGCUUAGUUUUAUUUUUCUGUCUUGCCCGGGCCGAGCCCGGCCAGGGCGGGUGGCUCAACGGGGCUCGUACCCGGCGCUCCGCCGCCGCCGCCCAUCUGCGCGGGGGCGCCCUCCGGAGAUGCUGCCGUGGAAGAAACACAAGUUCGAGCUGCUGGCCGAGGCGCCGCCACGGCAGGCGUCCAAGCCUAAGGGCUACGCGGUGAGCCUGCACUACUCGGCGCUCAGUUCGCUGGCGCGGGCGUGCCCCGAAGGCGCGCUCAGCCGGGUGGGCAGCAUGUUCCGCUCCAAGCGCAAGAAGCUGCACAUCACCAGCGAGGACCCCACUUACACUGUGCUCUACCUGGGCAAUGCCACCACCAUCCAGGCGCGCGGCGACGGCUGCACUGACCUAGCGGUGGGCAAGAUCUGGAGCAAGAGCGAGGCUGGUCGUCAGGGCACUAAGAUGAAGCUGACUGUGAGCGCGCAGGGUAUCCGCAUGGUGCAUGCUGAGGAGCGCGCGCUGCGCCGCCCGGGCCACCUUUACCUACUGCACCGCGUUACCUAUUGCGUGGCAGACGCGCGGCUGCCCAAGGUCUUCGCCUGGGUAUACCGGCACGAGCUCAAGCACAAGGCGGUAAUGCUGCGCUGCCACGCGGUGCUGGUGUCCAAGCCCGAGAAGGCUCAGGCUAUGGCCCUGCUGCUGUACCAGACGUCGGCCAACGCGCUGGCGGAAUUUAAACGGCUCAAGCGGAGGGACGAUGCGCGUCACCAGCAGCAGGAGCUGGUGGGCGCGCACACCAUCCCGCUAGUGCCUCUGCGCAAGCUGCUCCUGCACGGACCCUGCUGCUAUAAGCCACCGGUGGAACGCAGCCGCAGCGCGCCUAAGCUGGGCUCCAUCACCGAGGACUUGCUCGGUGAACAGCAGGAGCAGGAGCUGCAGGAGGAAGAGGAAGAGGAGCGCACGGAGAGCUGCCUGGAGGAGGAGGAGGAGGAGGAGGAGGUGGACCGUGCUGAGGAGGGGGACGCGGCAGCGGAAGAGGCCGAGGCGCAGCGAGCGCUGGUGGUGGCCAUGCACUUGGAAUGCGGGGACUUGCUGGACACACUGGAAAGUGGCCGCGAGGAGGCACUAGGGGGUGGCGGGGUCUCCCUGGGCCCUGGGGCUGGGCCGCCGCCUCUGCUGCUGGGCAGCGCCUCGGACAUGAAGGCCGAGCUGUCUCAGCUUAUUAACGACCUGGGAGAACUCAGCUUCGGCAACGACGUGCGCAGCCUGCAGGCCGACUUGCGGGUGACGCGCCUGUUGUCCGGCGAGAGUACCGGCAGCGAGAGCUCCAUCGAAGGCGGGGGCCCGGACGCCACCUCCCCUGCUACCGCAGCCGACCGGUCGGGCCCUAACGACGGCGCCAACCCAGAGGAGCCCCACUCGGGUUGAGAUCUCAGCAGCCCCCUGUGAGCACCCCUCGCGCCCCCGUGACUCCCCACCUGUCUUUUGGACAACACACAUCUCCUCCGUCCCCCGCCCGCCCCCAGGAAAGGGGAAAUGGGACACUUGAGGCCCAGAGUUACCCUGGCCCUCUCCUUCAGCACACUUGGCUCUGUUUGAAGCGGGGCUCAGGUUGCGUGUGGAGAUGUGCUAGGGGUCAGACUGCACGGAGGGAGAGACAGGGCUGGGGGCGUGAGGGUGGAGGGCAGGCAGACGGUGAGAAAAGGGCCCGCUGGUUAGCAAGGGAUGCCUGCCAGCUGGCCAGUUUCCUGUUUGUGGGGCAGCUGGGGCCUGAGGAAGAGGGGUUAAUUUCCUCCCCUGACCGGACCCAGUAACAGGGAGCGGCCUAGCGCUGUCAUUGACAUGUCAUUAAAAAACAUUUUUUUUUCUCUCUCUCGCAACGUUUUAGGCUGUAAUGCCACCUCCUUGCCCCCAGUCUUUUUGGUGCGAGAGCUUGGGUUGUUUACCUCAGACUCAGACCCUUGAAAUUCUGCCAAAUUCCUCAAAUAAUUGUUUGGGGAUGGAGGUGGGGGGAAAUGGAAGAAAGUUGCAUUUUGUUUACAGUUAAAGACGUCUAAUAUCUUUAAAACAACAAAAAGAGUUUUCCUUUAAAAACACACCUUCCUUCUGCUCAAAAGAUCUCCCUCCAUGAUCCUGUGUAAAAUAUUUUGCACUGUUGUGAAGUAUUUUUGACAUUUUUUUUUGUACAUAACUGUGUUCCCAGAGCUAAAUGUUUAUAUCUUUUGCUGUGCAAAAGGGACAUGUAAAAUGUUGUUCAGCUGUAUAUACAGAAAUGGGUAUAAAACAUUUUGUUAUUUUUUAAGAGUAGCACUGCUCUGGUUGUGUUUGCACGCCAGUGGGGAGAGAAUAAAGAGGACAAUGUCACAGAACAGGUGAGCGUCUGGAAGUGCUGCUGAAAAUUCUGGGGGGCCACAGGUCUGGAAGAGGGCCUGGCCAUUGGUGCCAUGGCGCGGUAGGACAGGGUUUGGCCUUCACGGUGCUUGGAGGUGAUUCCAGAACCCGCUGUUUGCGUAGUCCAGGGCCUCUGUCGCUCUCCAGCAGGGUGGGCGCUGCGGCUGGGGCCAGCCCUUGCUUUCUCUUUGAGCCUAUCCUCCCAUAUUCUUUAUGCAGUAAACUGUGGCGGUGUGGA